CUAUCUCUCUUUUGAAAACAUUACACCUACGAAGUUUGGCAGACAGUACAAAAUUAGCAUUAUUGAAAAAUUAGUGUUUUUUGUUGAAAUAGUCGCGUCGAUGUUUUGAUUCUCUUGAGUCUCAGAAACAAUAUUUUUCGAAGGAAAAAAAAACAAACAUGCAGCGAGGUUUGAUCCUAGUUGCCACACAAAAAGAAAUUUCAACCGUAGAAUAUCGUAGUCAUGUUAUGGUUUAUUGUUAGUCUUUGCAUUUGUAAGAGUUUCGGAAGAGAAGUAUUUAACGAUUAUCAGUCUAUGACAACUGUUAGUCUACUUAUCGAGAUCUAUUUAUCUAAAAAUUUUGAAAAAAAUUUCACUACAAUCAUCUCGAAAAAACUCUGAACGGGAGCUCUCUUAAGGAUUUAUGUUAGUCAAUUGUAAUUAAUUUAGAAAUUGCAAGAUGAAAUUAAAUCGAAGAACAGUCGUGUAUCAUCUGUUAUCGAAAUUUGUGACCGUUUAAAAGCUGAUUAUCAACAACAAAUUGAACAAAUUCCAUUUGAUUAUGCUAGUGAUCUUGAAAAUAGAUGGCAUCAAUUAUGGAUUAAUUCAGUUGAAGUUCAAUGUAAACUUGAAGAAAGAUUUAAAAUAUUGAAUGUAAGGAUUUUUUUACUAUUUGUUUUUAUGUGGGCUUAUAUUUAUAGUCUUACUUUUGAUAAAAAAAAAAAUGCUAAUUAUUAUUGA